AUGGAGCGAAUAACAACAAAAUCUAAGCGGAAAGCUCCGCUAUAUAAUCUUCAACGGCGUGUACGAGCAAGAAGGGACGAGCCGGAAGAGAUACCCAGUAACGAGUCUCAAAGCGAAGAGGGUAGUGAAGACGAGGAUUCCGAGGAACAGAGUGAAGAAGACCUAGAACAGGACGAUGAUGAGGCCUAUGACGACGAUGAAGAGGUAGACGAUCCAUCAGCAGUCGUCUCUCAAAUCUCCUUCGGCGCCUUAGCCAAAGCGCAAGCCUCCCUCCCCAACGCCCGACGGGGCAACAAGGGGCGCGCAACGCAAGGAUCCGACGAAGACUCGGAAUCCAGCGACCAGCCCGAUCCGAAGACGCAAGACAACAACAAGUUGCACCUGAAACCUUCACAUCGGACGAGCAAGCACGCGCCGACAGAGCAGUCAAGCAAGCGUCAAGUGAGCCGGAAGCGCGAGGUCGUCGCAGUGCACAAGCCAGUAGCGCGGGACCCGCGGUUCUCAUCCGCGGUAUCAGGGCGGCCCCUCGACGAGGAGAAGGCGCGGCGGGCGUACGAUUUCCUAGACAAGUACCGCGAGGACGAGAUGGCGCAGCUGCGAUCGGCGAUCAAGAAGACGCGGGACGAGUCCGCGAAGGAGGAGCUGCGGCGCGCGCUCAAGUCGAUGCAAGGACGCAAGCAGGCGCAGGAGCAGCGCGACAAAGAAAGGCGCGUGCUGGAGGAGCACCGCCGCCAGGAGAAGGAACUCGUCAAGCAGGGCAAGAAGCCGUUCUACCUCAAGAAGAGCGAGCAGAAGAAGCGGUUAUUGGUAGACCGCUUCGCCGGCCUGAAGAAGAAGCAGGUCGACCGCGUCAUCGAGCGCCGGAGGAAGAAGUUGGCUGCAAGGGAGAGGAGGGAUGCGCCUAUGCCUGCGCCGAGGCGGGAGAUGAGUUGAUGAACGGGAUCGGCAAUGCAAUGUUUGUGAUGAAGGGAGUUUAUUCUCUUGGUUUGCUCGGGCGCAGAGGUUUGUGCCCUACAGUCUAUCUAUUAUGGGUUUAGACGUCAAUGAUACCAUUUUCCCGCUGUCCCUAUCCAUGCUUGUUAUCAAUGCUCCGUUUCCCCCUUUAUGACGUGGUAACUCGCAAAUCGUUUAUACAGGUGGGUCAUUAUAGUACAUGUACAUUAGUCUAUCGUACAGCAUCCAUCUUUCCUAUCGCCUGCUCAAAUAGCUCUCGACAUGGCACUCUGCUCCCCAACCUCGCGCAGAGUAGGAACGCGCCGCUAAGUUUUCGAUGCAGACUAUACGUCUCCUCGGGCGGCGGGCUAAGCCGCUCCCUAACCAUGACGGGGAUCAGUGCCUUGACGCGGUCCGUGAUAGUCUGGUCUUGGAAAUCGUACACCUUGGGCGCGGACUCGGAAAACGGCUCGGCGAGGGUCAGGAUCGAGGCGAUGUGCGCAUCGAGCAUGGUCUUGCUCUCGUGGCCCGUCAGAUAACCCAAGCUCUCGGAGAGCUCCUUGAUGGUCU